AUGAUGUGGCGGAAGCCGACCAGCCGCCGACGAGGAAAUAAACCCUCAGCUGCCACCGUUCGUGCGCCAGCGGGGGGAGUGGAAAUUGAAACUGACCAGCCAGACGUUGACUCACGCGCGGCGGGGACUGGCAUCAUUCAUCACUCUUCUCUUUCUUGCACAACGACGCAACCCAAUAAAAGUUAG